CGGGGCUUCAGGUGUCCACUGUCCUGUUCGCUCUCAAGGCCGUCUCGUCUCACAUCAAGCUUAAGGCCCUCUCAAGAACACUCUCUACAUUCGCUAUGGGUCGGCCAACGGAGAACAACCAGGACAGUCUGACGGUGCGCGAUAACCGGACAGGCCAGACGUACACUAUCCCGAUUGUGGACAACGCGGUGCCCGCGAAUGCGUUCAAGGACAUCAAGGCACCGAAGAAGGCUGGCGAGCGGGAAGAGAAUGAGACGGAGAAAGGCCUGCGGGUGCAGGACAAGGGUUUCCUGAAUACUGCUGUCAUCCGCAGUGAGAUCACAUAUAUUGACGGUGAAGCCGGAGGCUACCCGAUCGAGCAACUUGCCCUUCACUCGUCACAUCUAGAGUCUGCGUACUUGCUCAUUUAUGGCGCGCUUCCGACGAAGGAGCAACACGCUCAUUUCGAAACGGAGGUGAUGCGUCACGGCCAAAUGCACGUCGACUCCGAAGAGUUCUUCCGCUCGUUCCGGUAUGACGCGCACCCGAUGAGCAUGCUCACGAGCGCGUUCGCCAUGCUCGGCUCGUUCUACAGCGAGGCCAAUCCCUCCCUCCAAGGCCAGAAGUUGUACACCAAAGGCGACAAGGAAUCGCUUGCUACAAUGGACAGACAAAUAUAUCGACUAAUAGGGAAGGCGACCACACUCGCUGCCAUGGCAUACCGUGUACGACAAGGACGAGACUUCGUCACUCCGCUAGUGGGACUUAGCUACACGGGAUCGUUCCUGUACCAGAUGGACCACCUGGGCGAGGAAGACUACAAACCCAAUCCGGUCCUAGAGAAGGCGCUUGACGUCCUCUUCCUUAUUCACGCAGACCAUGAACUGAAUGCAUCAUGUACUACGGUUCUGCAAACGGGCAGCUCGCUGGUCGACCCAUACUCUGCAUUGCCUUACUGCGUGCCCUUUAGUGGGCCAUUACACGGCGGCGCUAACGAGGCCGUCAUCCGGAUGUUGGUCUCCAUAGGAAGCCCUAAGAAUGUUCCUGCGUUCAUUGAGGCCGUCAAGAGACGCGAGAAAACGCUGUCUGGCUUUGGGCACCGGUACUCUGAUCCUCGAUCAUUCAUCGUGCGGAAGACGGCAGACGAGGUGUUCAAAGUUACAGGGAGGGAUGCGCUACUCGAGACAGCUAUGGCGCUGCACGAUGCUGCGAUGAAGGAUGAGUACUUCAUCAAGCGGAAAUUGGCACCUAACGUUGACUUUUGCGGCCUGAUUUACCGUGCGAUGGGCUUCCCAAUGGACUUCUUCCCGGUGUUGUUCGCCGUCCCGCGGGUAGUUGGCUGGCUGGCACACUGGAGACAGAUGAUGCUGCAGGAGGGGGGCGUGAAGAUUUGGCGUCCCAGGCAGGUAUACGUCGGUGCGGGGAAACGCGAGUACGUGCCCGUCGGGAAGCGCGAGGCGGUGGAGGGCCUGGGGCAGACGCCGUCUGCUGUCGAGCAUGGCGGGAUCACGAAGAGGACCAUGCUGGCGGACUUCAAGGGGAGAAGCAGGCUCUGAGUUGCUGUACAGACCUCAGCCUGUACUUGGCCUGUACGGCGUACUAUACUUUUAAUUUACCCCGUGUGCGGCCGAAUGUGCAUGCUCUUGUGAUGUC